CAGACACUCAUCUCCUCGCCGUAAAUAAUGUACAGAUACAUUUCAGCAUACAGUCUCAUUGUCUCUGACCAAUGUAUUACUUCACAGGGGACUUUACAACUUUAUCUGAGGUCUGUACAGAGUGGAUGUCACCUUAAAUCUAGAGAAAGUGGACAGAGGAAAUGGAAAUAGCACGAGAUUUAAAGCAAGCCAGCAUUCUGCCCUUGUAUUCCUGGGAAAUUGUGCGCACACUCACUGUGCCCUAUGAUUGGUGUGGCUUCUGUAGUGCUAUUCACUGAAAAGAGAGGCCUUUGAGAAAAAAAAUGCAAACUUCCUUUUUGCAUUUUCAGCAUAAGCAAGUUCCAUUUCCUGAUGAUACCUGGCAUUGUUUUAAUAUGAGGUUUCCAUAAAUCAGUUACACACAGAAUAUGUUACACAAUGGGUAAGUGAGGAGGAGAUGCAGGAGCAGGGGCUUGGACUCUGCUCCUCAUCACCAGUGGCAGAACACGUGGAAAUGGCACAAAGCUGCACCAGGGAAGGGUCAGACUGGACAUCAAGAACAAUUUCUUUACCAUGAGGGUGGACAGACACUGAGACAGGAUUCUGAGAAAUGCCUCAUGGCUGCCAGUGUCAAGAGGCAUUUGGACAAUGCCCGCAUUAAUUAAGAGGUCAGGCAACUGGAUUCAAUAACAUUUGAAGGUCCUAUCUAACUGAACUAUUUUAUUAUUCUAUUGUAUUCCAUUCUAUUAUUCUAUUCCAUUCUGUUUCAUUCCAUUCUAUGUCUGACAGAGGGGCAGAAGUUGGAGAUAACUGGCCAACUAUCCAUUUCCUAAAGCACAGCAUCAGGGCUGAGGUGCCACAUGGGUUGUUGGUCCCACUGCUCAACAUUCAAACAGAGGAGGAAUUUGGUGACUGAGACUGAGCUCCAUUUUGCAGAGUGCAGGAAAACACAAAGUCACAGAGAAUCAUAGAAUCAUAGAACUGUUUGAGUUGGAAGUGACCCUUAGAGGCCAUCUAGUCCAACUCCCCUGCAGUGAGCAGGGACAUCAGGUUGCUCAAAGUCUGCUCCAGCCUGGCCUUGAAUGUCUCCAGGGAUGGGACAUUCACCACCUCUCUGGGUAACCGGUUCCAGUGCCUCACCAGCCUUAUCGAAAAUAAAUAAAUAGAUAAAUAAAAAUUUCCUUCUAUCUGAUCUAAAUCUCCUGUUUUAGUUUGAAACCAUUUCCCCUUGUUCCAUCACCGCAAACCCUGCUAAAAACUCCGUCCUCUUCUUCCUUAGAGCCCCUCUUUAGAUACUGAAAGGAGCAGUGGGUAUCCUCGGCUUUAUCUCCACGAUCUCCGCAGUUUCUCUGAGCACUACCAUCGAAUACACAAAGGCCAAUAAGUACUCUUAGCUUUUUCAUGGAGGAUGGCAAUAGGAACUGACACAGUUUUAAAGCCCACAUACUCCUCGCUUCAAACCUGCGCUCCAUUUUAAUGACUUCGUAUGACAUCACCCAUGUCAGGAAUGAGCGUGUGAGACAGCCAGCACGGCUUCACCAGAGGAAGAUCAUGCUUGACCAAUCUGGUGGCCUUCUAUGAUGGAGUGCGGUUUGGGGGACGGCUGAGGGAUCUGCGAAGGGGCCCUACGCAGCGUAGAUCGCCGGAUCACAAUGGUGGGCCCAAAGGAAGUUCCGGGCUUCCAGCCACGGCCCCGCUUUGCACUUGAAAGCACCGACUGCAGCACCGCCUUACGGGCCAAAGGGCUCUUUGCGCUCGGCAAGGCAGAAAGAAAAAGAAAAGAAAAAAAAAAAACAAAGAGGCAUUAAAGUAAGCGUGAAUUAGGGCAACUGCAAGGAGAUCUGGCCCGUAAAGAACCCUCCACAUUAACAAGCGUAACGGUUAUUAAAACACUUUGGCUUUUUCUUGUCUUUCUUAGGAAAUUGAGAUUGUAGAAAAAAAAACGUUCAUUUUUCAGGGGAGGAGUGGUUGCUAAGAUAGAUAGGCGUUUUUUUUUCUUUCCUUCCAAAACGCAGCCGAACAGCUCUUGAAGAGUUAAUACAGACUCGGCGGUAUUUACAAGAAAGUGGAAAUUCCAUGUUAAAAAAAAAAAAAAAAUCUCACGGGAAAACCCAGAGCUCAGAGAGAAUCAGCGGAGCUCCGGCGCUUAUCGCCGGGGUUUGCUCGUCUCUCCCACCAGCAGCCGGGCGCUCGGAGCCGGCCUGGCUGCAGGCGGGCACGGAGCAUCCCAUCCCGCCAGCAAACGCUGCACAGACCGCGCUCCGCCCGGCACUCGGAUACGCGCCCGCUCCGAUAGGGGUAUCCCUGCGAAGAGAUCAUUGCCUGGACACAGCUACUUUCUGUUCGGCCGCGGGAACUUCGAGCUCCUCCGACGCCGUCACUCCCCGCCAUGGGACGCGGGCACGGCUGAGCCCUGGAAGCCGUCUGAUAGCAUCAGGCAUUCCCGGGAUGGAUGUGACGGGAGGUUCCGCCCCGCACGCAGCGCGCCCGGAGCUCCGCGGUGCUUUGCCGCUCGCGGUCCCGUUACCCAGAGCCGGCUGGCACCCAGCAGAGAGAUGCUGCCGGUGAAUUACUUCUUGUCGUUAAUCCGCCGAAGUAAAAACGGAGAAUAACCCGGCUGCCGUCCGCUACGCUUCUCCGAUAGCGAGGCAGAGACACGAGAGUUUAACGACAGUUUUAAAUGGGGGAUAGGAUUCCCGCGAUGCAGCAGAGCGGCACCGCUUGGAAACACGCAGCACCCCCCGCAAAGCCCCGACUGAGCGCCCCGAAGCCCACCUCGCUCCGGGUGUCUGAAGUUCUGCUCGCCUUCAAAAGUAGUGCUGAAUUCCCAGGAUGUAAGAAAUACAGUGCAGUGUCAUGCAGCAAAUGUGAGCUGAUGGUCACAGCUGGGGCUGAAAUCCUGUAUUAAACAAAACAAGAGUUAAGUGAACAAGGAAGGUUGCAGCCGUUCACAAGAUCUUUCAGUUUAUUGCUCAACCUGUCAUAGAAGUCACCUUCUGGAAGCGCAGCCUGGGCUGCCAUGGCUAGCAAAAGAAAGUCAACAACUCCCUGUAUGGUGCGAACCUCUGAAGUGAUGGAGCAGGAAGUCCCAGAGGGUGCAGAAACUGCUAAAGAGAAGGGGCCUGGCACACCACAGCAGGAUGCUAAAAAAACUUGGCCUUCAGAAAGCUCAGUGAAAGAGUGUGAAGUGGUUGAGGCUAAGCCCCCUGCUGAAAAUCAGUCUAAGAAACCCCAGGGUGGCUAUGAGUGUAAAUACUGCCCUUACUCUACACAGAACUUAAACGAAUUUACAGAGCAUGUUGACACUCAGCAUCCGAAUGUCAUUCUCAACCCCCUGUAUGUCUGUGCUGAAUGCAACUUCACAACCAAAAAAUACGAUUCUUUAUCUGACCACAACACAAAAUAUCACCCAGGAGAGAGUAACUUUAAACUGAAAUUAAUUAAACGCAAUAAUCAGACUGUUUUAGAGCAGUCCAUUGAGACCACCACUAAUGAUGUCACUGUCACGAGCAGUGGGGUGGAAAAUGCAGAGUGUGAGGAUUCACUUCAUGGGGGAAUUAGUGUGAGUAAAACGCCAAUGAUGAAAUUGGGAAAGUCUAAAGGGGAAACCAAGAAGGGUCCCAAAAAGCCAGAAGAGGGAGUUUCAGAAAACCAUGUGGAUGGUUCUCUCCCCCGCAUCAUAACUGAAGCCACCGAAGCUAUCGCGUGUAUAAAUGGAGACCUUCUCCAGGAUGUGUUAGCUCAUGUUAUGCCCUCUGUACAGCUACCACCAAAUAUUAACCUUGUACCCAAGGUCCCGGUACCUCUGAACAGUACCAAAUACAACUCUGCACUGGACACUAAUGCAACCAUGAUCAACUCCUUCAACAAAUUUCCUUACCCCACGCAAGCGGAAUUGUCGUGGUUGACAGCAGCAUCAAAGCAUCCUGAAGAACAGAUCCGAAUCUGGUUUGCUACGCAACGUUUGAAGCAUGGUAUCAGCUGGUCACCUGAAGAAGUAGAAGAGGCAAGAAAGAAGAUGUUCAAUGGUACUAUCCAGGCAGUCCCCCAAACCAUCACUGUCCUGCCAGCUCCUUUGACAACUGCAAAAAUUCCCCCUCCUAUCAUCCAGACAGCUUUGCCUUGUCAGAUACUGGGCCAGACUGGUCUGGUUUUAACUCCCGUUUCAAAUGGGUCAGCAGUUUCCUGUUCACCAAUCACACUUGCUGUUGCCCCAAACCAGGGACAAAAGAGGACAAUACAGACUCUGUCAAACGUUCCAGAGGCCAAGCGACCUCAUGUAGUUCAGGUGCCUGAGAGUCCUGCUAAGCUGACUGCUGUACCAUUGACACCUGCCAGCGAGCGAAAAAAGACCAAGGAGCAAAUAGCAGAGCUAAGGGCCAGUUUCAUAGCAAGCCAGUUUCCCGAUGACGCGGAAGUCUACCGGCUGAUAGAGGCAACGGGGCUCUCCAGGAGCGAGAUCAAGAAGUGGUUCAGCGACCACAGGUACAGAAGUCAGCGGGGCAUCGUGCAAGUCGCUGGUGAUGCUUUAGGGAAGGAUCCAGUAGCACCUCCACUGGGCCGACACAGCCGCUCGUUCCACCCAUAUGCAGAUUAUGCACCCCAGAGGUUCAAAGAGAAAAGCCAAGAGCAGCUUAGGGCCCUUGAGGAGAGUUUCCUACGAUGUUCAUUUCCGACGCAGGGAGAAUUGGACAGGCUUCGAGUGGAGACGAAGCUGAGCAGGAGAGAGAUUGAUUCCUGGUUCUCCGAGAGGAGAAAGAUAAGGGACAGCAUGGAGCAAGCAGUCUUGGACUCAAUGGGGUCAUACCGAAAAAUUAAGGAACAAGGAACUCCUAAUGGUGCAAUAAACCAAGCAGAACUGAUGAACAGCUCCCAGCUCCCUGGUGCUUUAUCGGGAUCCUCUGCCACACUUAAGAAAACCCAGGAGCAAAUUCAUCUACUGAAAAGUACAUUUGCAAGAACCCAGUGGCCAACACCACAAGAGUAUGACCAGCUAGCGUCCCAGACUGGGCUCACAAGAACUGAAAUUGUUCGCUGGUUCAAGGAAAACCGGUCCUCACUAAGAUCGGGGUUGCUUAAAUGGGUUGACCAGUACCAGCAGCAGUAUGCUGAUGGCCAUAACGAGCAGAAUCAGAAAAAGGGAUCAAAACUCAUUGAGAGUCCAAAGAACGGUAAUGAGGUGUCUCGGCAGCAUUACCAGGAGCACAAAAAGCUGAAUGAAGAGAACUCGGGGAAGCUGGUGGUGAGACCAAAAAGAGACUGCGAACCACUGAAAGACUCUUUGUUGGGGAAUCAAGCAGAGGAUACAGGCAGGUUGGAGUGCAACAGCCGUGAUGGACGUGAGGAGAAUGAGGGGCCAGUGGAGGUCAACUGGGUGGAGGUGACUGUGGGCGAGGAUGAUGCCGCAUCGGACUGCACGGACACGUGGAGCCAGGCAGCACCUGAGGGCCAGGCAGAGCUGGCAGACUUUGACUCUGAAAGUAUAUCUGGAGAAAAUGCCCACAUAUAGACAGGGAUACUCAUCAGCUGCACUGUCCUGACAAUGAAGGGGAAAUUCUGUCUGAAAAUAGAACAUCUAUUUUCCUGCCUGGGGUGAGACAGCGUGUUGCGACUCCACGUCUCAAAUCGUGCUUGCGGAGGCACAGUGAGAAAUCCUCUGGUGGAGCGCCGUCGUGGGGUUGUUCAUAGUGCCAAAGUCCUACUACUGCAUUGAGAAAGAAAAGAGAGAAAGAAAAAAGGGUCCUUGUAUAUAGGUUACUCCUCAGCUUCUUUCCUAACCACUUUCCUGCCCAGUCUCUUCCUGUACUGGAACAGAUUUGUACAAUGUGGAAAUUUUGUUAACUUUUUAAUAGGUGCGAGUUAUUCUUGCAUACAAUGCCAUGGGAAAAUGUUACGGUUGGUUUGGGGGAGGGAAGUGUGUUUUGUGGGGAGGAGGGAGAGGAGAUCUUUUCUGAAUCACUGAAUCCCAUUAUGGCUGAGGCUGGCAGGGACCUCAGGGUCCACAUGACCCACUUCGAGCUCCAGCAGGGACACCCAGAGCAGGGAGCCCGUGGUCACUUCUAGGCGGCUUCUGGAGACCUCCAGGAGGAGAGCCCACAGCCUCUCUUAAGCCUUUGAAGAAAAGUUUUGCAAUUUUUUGGAAUCUCUUUGGUGCCAAUCAACAUCCGAUCCUGGGUUCCCACCCCACAGCCGUUUACAUUUCAGCCCACACAGUGCGCUAUGGGUUUGGGGAGGGUCGGGUCGGUCUGGUUCGGUUGGGGCUUUGGGUUUUUUUUCCUGUUUUGACUUCUUUUGUUUUGUUUUAUGGCCAUCUGCUACUGAAGUAUUUAAAUCUCUGCUUUCCUGUGCUCCUCUGAAGUGCGCCUUCUCCAGCUCCUGUGCUGCACUCCUCACAACGCGGGCCGGGCCACGGCUCUCCGAUGAUCUCGCUGGAACACCUUUUUUUUCUGUUUGUUUGUUUGUUUUCAGCACUUUUUGUUUGAACACGUAGUACAACCCCCAGGGGGGUUGGGGUGACAAAACGAUGAUGCUUCAUAACCUGAACUUGUUUGCCUUUCUUCAGCUGGCACUGAGAUGGACAGCAGAAACCAACGUCCAUCCUCCGGUUCUAGAAGCUGUAGCACACAACUGACAUUUCCAAUUAACCCUUGCCACUAAAUUGUUAGAUCAGUUCUAGAUCCCUGAGUGCACUUGUUUUCAAGUACUGCUAGUUUUCCUUUGUGUGGGUGUCUGCGUGCGGGUCUGAGGAGGAGCAGCGUGGGUGCGGGAGCGCAAGCUGGCUGCGUUGCCUGGCCCUACCCCUGUUUCAGCACACUGCACAAGUACAAUGCUAGGGAGUUUGAAUAAAUCCUACUUUUCUAACUUGUUGCUCAUUUGUUGUAACUCAAUAAAACAAAGGCUAGACAUUUUGGUAACCUUUUUCUCGUCUCUUUUUUUUUCUUAAUUGAAAACAAACGUUGGCCUCUUCCCGCUCUGCACUGCAAACAGGAGCUUGGUGGCUUCAGAGCUGCGAUUUGGGUUUGUGGUGAUUGGCAAACACCAGCCAGAUGAAAAUGAAUGCUCAGCCCACUGCAGAUAGUUGGUUUCCUGACAUCAGAUUGUAGU